AUGUCUCGCCCCAAUCUUCCCGCAAAUGUCUCUUUCGAGAUGCCUGUGCCGCCAUCAAGGCGGACUGGCCAAGGUGAAGCCCCUCGACCACCUCCCAAGUCCUCGAGCUCGAAACCUUCCCUCGCCACUGUCGCAUCAGGCUCGACCGGCGGUCCGUUCAGUCCUCAAGAGCCUAUCUUAAACUACGGAGACGGAUACGUUGACGUCGGCCACGAACAAGGCUUUUCGGCCAGUAUUGGGGGUGCGGAGGAUAUGAGGAGGAAAAGAAGCAUGGUCAGGCCGGAGAGAGAAAGAAUUGAUCCAAAUCAUCGAUUAUGGCAUUAUCGUGAACACGCCACUGAGGACCAAAUGAAUGUCAUGCCAUCAUCAACCGGCAAUCAGCCUUACUCGCGUGGGGGAGCCAAUCUUCGAAGAGGGAAAUCCCUGCUUGCUCGAGAUUCGGACGACGUUGACCAGCAAUCCGGUCUCAAUCUCUUCAAACGAGGUGCUACCAUCCGCAGGCGUGCGUCCAGAGCAACCCCCCGUCAGCCUCCGACUGGUGCCCAAUCCAAUAGAGCUGGAGCGGGACAUGCAGACGACGAGAAGAGCGGCUGGCUCAGCAACAUCGCACCUGGACCAAAGGAUUGUUGGAUGAUUUAUUGCUACUUCCUUACAUGUUUAGUCCCUGGUUUCGUCCUUCGUAAUGUCUUCGGUAAGCGAACACCAGAAGCCCAACGCGCAUGGAGAGAAAAGAUGGGAAUUGUUAGCAUCGUCGCCUCGCUCAUGGCUUCUGUCGGUUUCCUCACCUUCGGUUUCACACAAACCGUCUGCGGGCAACAGAAGCUUCGGAUAAAGGGUGGGGAGGUCAAUAACGGUUCGCUGAUCGUCAACGGCUACGACUACGAUUUCUCUCGAUGGAACCAUCCCGCUGUGAACGGGUUUUUCAACGGAUCUCAAAAUCCGCUAUAUAUGGAUCAAUACAUGGCUGGAGGGAAAGAUGCCAGCUUUUUGUUUCAGAACGUAAACCUUAAAUGUCGAGGGGUCAUCACACCUGCCACUGGAAGUGGCAUACAGAAAAGUGCUGACGGCACCGAACUGGGAUGGUAUUUCCCCUGCAACCUUCACCAGCAAAAUACGAGUUUGCCCAUCAAUAAGACCGGUUAUACAGAUGCCACCAACUGUCACACUUCCAACCUCGCUCGUUCCGAGUUCCAAGCUAUCGUUCCUACCGCCGAGAUCUACUACACAUGGGACAUGAUCCACAAUACUUCGCGUAAUCUCGCCGCAUACAAGUCCGUCGUACUAGACUUUGAUCUCCUUCAAUGGCUCGACACAUCUCAGGUGUCUUUCCCUCCCUUCUUCAACACUGUCAUGUCACGCAACACGACGUUUGCAGGAACCGAUAUAACGGCUUUGGUCAAGCGGGCUGACUACACCCAAUACGCCGAGUGCAUGUCCGACAUCAUCAAGGUCGGCUUUGUCGAUAGCAUUUCAAUCGGUUGUGUCGCCUCUGAUAUCGUGCUCUAUGUCUCGCUCGCGUUCAUUCUCGGUGCUGUGGGCAUCAAGUUUGCCAUGGCGGUAGUAUUCGGUUGGUGUCUUAGUUGGCGCUUGGGUAACUUCAAGAACGAGAGUUAUCAGGAACGAAUGAGGAGAGCCGCAGAAAUUGAAAAUUGGACGGAUGAUAUUUACAAGGCGGCCCCAGGAUAUCUUCGACCGAAUGCGGCCCAACGUGGAGGAGGUGGAGGCAAUAGAAGGACAGUCUUCCUACCAACCACUUCGCGUUUCAGCAAGGCUGAACCUAUGAUGGUCUCUUCUUCCCGACCGUCCACGGCGUACGGUAUGGUGACCGACAACCGGCGCCAAGCAACAAGCAUGUAUGGUAGCAAGUUGACGCCUAGCGGUGCGCGCAAUUCUCCCCCAAAUUCUCCAAUGCUACGCAACUCGAGGAGUUCUACUUCAUUGCCAUUUCGAGAUGAAUCUCGUCUGUCCCUGUCUGAUGGAUCUUCGAGCGCCAACAACAACCCCUACAAUUGUCCCUUUCCUCUCGGUCAUGUUGUUCCCCAACCUGCUGCCGACUUUCAGCCUUUCGGCUUCCCCUUGGUAUAUUCGAUAUGCUUAGUGACGGCGUAUUCGGAGUCGAUCGAGGGUCUUCGUACCACCCUGGACUCGCUCGCCACCACCGACUACCCUAACAGUCACAAACUCUUGCUUGUCAUAUGUGACGGUAUGGUUCGAGGUUCGGGUUCCAAGUUCUUUACCCCCGAUAUUGUGCUCAGCAUGAUGACCGACUUCAUCGCUCCACCUGAAGACGUAGAAGCGCACUCGUAUGUAGCCAUCGCCAACGGUCACAAACGUCACAAUAUGGCAAAGGUCUACGCUGGGUUCUACAAGUAUUCGGAUGAAACAACCGAGAAGUCCAAGCAGCAGCGCGUGCCCAUGGUGGUGGUCUCGAAAGUAGGCAACCCCCUUGAGACGAAUGAUGCCAAACCUGGUAAUCGUGGGAAACGAGACUCUCAGAUUGUGCUAAUGAGCUUUCUGCAAAAGGUCAUGUUCGACGAACGUAUGACGACUUUCGAAUACGAGUUCUUCAACUCUAUCUGGCGAGUAACUGGUAUACCUCCUGACAAGUAUGAGACAGUGUUGUGCGUUGACGCCGAUACCAAAGUUUUUCCUGAUUCGCUCACUCGGAUGAAUGCCUGCAUGGUCAACGACUACGAAAUCAUGGGUUUGUGCGGCGAAACCAAAAUUGCCAACAAGUCGGAGACGUGGGUCACUAUGAUUCAAGUAUUCGAAUACUACAUCUCCCACCACCUCACCAAAGCAUUCGAAUCGUCGUUCGGUGGUGUCACCUGUUUGCCCGGUUGUUUCAGCAUGUACCGUAUCAAGGCACCAAAAGGAGACUUGGGGUACUGGGUGCCCAUCCUUGCCAAUCCCGAUAUCUGCGAGCAUUAUUCCGAGAACGUGGUCGACACAUUGCACAAGAAGAACUUGUUGUUAUUGGGCGAAGAUCGAUAUCUAUCCACUCUCAUGCUAAAGACUUUCCCCAAGCGUAAAAUGAUGUUCUGUCCUCAAGCCGUCUGCAAAACCGUUGUUCCUGACACCUUCCGGAUCCUUCUCUCUCAAAGAAGAAGAUGGAUCAACUCGACCGUUCACAACCUGUUCGAGCUCAUGCUGGUGCGCGACCUAUGUGGAACAUUCUGCUUCUCAAUGCAGUUUGUGGUCUUCAUGGACCUCGUCGGUACACUCGUGCUUCCUGCCGCCAUUUCGUUCACCCUGUAUAUCAUCAUCAUCGCCAUCAUUCCCGAAUCCGUCACCCACUUGCCCCGUCCUACCGUCUCGCUUAUCCUGCUCGCCUUCAUCCUCGGUCUGCCUGGUGUUUUAAUCGUCAUCACCUCGCGUAAGGUGGUGUAUGUAGGUUGGAUGCUCAUCUACCUGCUAUCUUUGCCAGUAUGGAAUCUCAUUCUCCCUGCAUAUGCUUAUUGGCACAUGGACGACUUCACUUGGGGUGAGACCCGUAAGAUUGUUGGUGAGGGUAAAGAGCAUGCCCAUGGUGACAAGGAAGGGAUCUUUGACUCGAGUCAUAUCGUCAUGAAGCGAUGGGUAGAGUUUGAACGUGAGAGAAGGUGGAGGACUGGUACUGUUUCCAGGGAUGACUCGUAUGAUAUGAUACAUCGUGCCAACUCCCCAAAAAGCGGGUUCCCCGACAGAAGGUCUGUCGUUUCCACCAGCGAGACAUAUACGAGCGGCUUUGGUUAUAACAGUGGUCCUGGAUCUAUCUCUACCGAAACUGGUCCGCUUUUCCGCAACAGCCAAUCAUUCGGCAACAUGCAACCCUUCACCACCAGUCCUGAUCCCAAAUACGAUCCCGCCAGCAUGUCUCAGCUCGCUCUUCCGGCUUCCCGAGCCUUCGUCACGGGUCGAGAUCCGUCACCAGCCGCCUCUACAGAAUCAGAGCACGCCGCUGGCAAGUUGGAACGUGCUCCGAGCGAUGACCCUUCUUCUCUCUCUGGCAGCAGUCACGGAUAUUAUCACACAUACAACCCUGAUCCUUAUUCCGACGAAGCGGAAGCUCCCAUUUUACCCCCUAAUUUCCCCAUGAGCGCUACGUCAUCCUCCGAUUCGUACGCUCAUCCCCAACAACAAUACUACAACGAACCGUCCCAACGGAGGAGACAUCUUUCACAAUCUGGCCAAGCUAGAGGAGGUGUGAGCUUGGUGGACGCUGGACCCGUCCCGGCGGCCAACCAAAUGGCGCCUCAUGAUCCCGUCCGACGUGUUUCCCGACAUCAAAGACAAUCAUCGAGACAAGGACAGAUAGUCAGUCCAAUCUCAAGUUCGAAUCAUGGAGCUUUACCUCCCGGUGCGGCCCCACCCCAAUUCUGAUAUGUAAAAGUCGAGAUAAUUCUGCAUACGAGGACAAUGAUCAGUAGCUAGUAGUACAGAGACGUGUUUGUGACGAUUCGAUGACCAGUGUAAUUGCCCUGACCGAUUCUAAUGCCCCUUCACUGAGGAACGUCUGCGUGUCUGCUAAAGUAGAUGUGACCAGACGUUGAUGCUGAAGGGUCGGACCAAGUGGGGAGAUGCGUAUACACGAUGCAUGACUGAGUCGUUCCGUCCUC